GGACUGAACGCAAGACUUGCAUCGAACACUCAGGAAUAAUCGUGCGGAGUGCUACCUGUCAGACUAGGUCAAUGGAGAUAACCAUGAAUUCUUUCCUUGGACAAACCGGAUAUAAUAAUGAAAGCACAACUCACGAACCAACACAGGAACGUGCUCUGUUUUGGAGACCGUGGACACAAAAAGAAUUGGAACAAAGAUCGGACUCUCAUGGGGUGUACGGCAAAUCCCUGGUUGAAUUAUCAGAUCCAAAGAAGCCCAACAGCUUUGUACAUCCUGUAAAGUUAUUCUGGCCUCGAUCACGCUGCUAUGAUUAUCUGUAUCAGGACGCCGAGGCGCUGCUCCGGAACUAUCCCUUCCAGGCGACCGUCUGUCUUUACGCAGACUCCAGCGACGAGGAGGACAGUGACGAGGAAGUUGAGAAAGAAAUGAACUAGACAUUUAUGAAUGGAAUUUGGAUUUUGGAAAGAUGGAUAUUAAUAUAUUUUGUAAUUUAUUGUUUUUGUAAACAUUGUACAUAUAAUUUAUUUAAUUAAUGCUGAUC